CGACAACAGCUCCGACUGUCAGCGCCGGCCCUACCUCGUGUAAAGGUAUCUGCCAGACCAUUCUUAAUUCAAUUUAUUUCCCAAUCCGUGCCCUUUCCUAUCGUCGCCCCCUUCACCUUGGAUCAUGUUCGAGAAAUUUGAUGAAAAGGAAAAUGUGUCCAACUGCAUUCAGUUGAAAACCUCAGUUAUUAAGGGUAUUAAGAACCAGUUGAUAGAGCAAUUUCCAGGUAUUGAACCAUGGCUUAAUCAAAUCAUGCCUAAGAAAGAUCCUGUUAAAAUUGUACGAUGCCAUGAACAUUUAGAAAUUCUUACAGUAAAUGGAGAGUUACUAUUUUUUAGGCAGAGAGAAGGCCCUUUUUAUCCAACCCUAAGAUUACUUCACAAAUAUCCUUUCAUCCUGCCACACCAGCAGGUUGAUAAAGGAGCCAUCGAAUGUAUACUCAGUGGAGUAAAGAUCAUGUGUACAGGAUUAACUUCUCCUGGAGCUAAACUUUACCCUGCUGCAGUAGAUACAAUUGUUGCAAUAAUGGCAGAAGGAAAACAGCAUGCUCUGUGUGUCCGAGUCAUGAAGAUGUCUGCAGACGAUAUUGAGAAAGUCAACAAAGGAACUGGCAUUGAAAAUAUCCAUUAUUUAAAUGAUGGGCUGUGGCAUAUGAAAACUUAUAAAUGAGACUCAGAAGGAAUGCACUUGUGAAGAACAUGGAUAUUAUGCUGUAAUUCUGUGUUUUUGUCUGUGGAUGACAGCAGGAAGACAAUGUCUCUGGUUAUGCUGAAUAAAUUCAACAGAU